ACGUGUUCAUCGUAUCCUCAUCCCCUUAAUGGUGUCUAUUGACUAUUACAGUAACAACUUAUGGUUCACUGGCAUCUGUUGCUAAAUCGGGGUAGGGGUUCCUCACCUCCCGAACACCGCUUAUAUUUCCAAUAUGACUAUGUGGUGCUGGCGGCCUGUUCUCUAGAGUUCCACAACUGUCUGUACGUCGUCGAUUGAAGCCUUCGAUGCCCCACCCACCUGUUGUCGAAGAAACGGGUGACUCUGUUCAUCAUGCACCAUACGACGCCGACGCUUUCUUUGAGACGGGAUCCGGAAAUGUUCUGGCUGAUAUUGAGCCAAUCGAGGAUAACACAAGUUUCUCUAACCACACCAUUUCGACGUUUUCCAAUGGUUCGGGUCUAUCGACCGGGACAUUCCUGCUGAGGGAUCUUUGCGAGAAAGUGAUCGAGAAACACCUAUGGCUUCAAAUGGCCAGGAUCGUUAGCGCGUCGUGCUAUUCUCACUUCCGGAAUCUCAUCCGACAUCGCUUCCUUAUUUUACAAUUAUGCCGUCCGGGGAGAAGGAAUAUAUGGCUACGGAUUGAUCGGAGGGCCGGACUGGGCUUUCUCUCACUUGUGUGGAAACUCGGCACAACUCCUGCCCAUGAUACGGCUCAGCUGUCGGCGUCUAGGGAAACCCUUGCUGAAACGGCAAAGCAAGAAAACACGCAGGAAUUCAACAAUCCGCCCUUUCUCGCUGAUUUCGGUGAAUAUCUUCGCGUCAUCUCUGAAGAGCUGCUGGAAUAUAAAAUCUGGCCGGUGAACUGUUGGAUGUUCUGUUCCCUAUUGCAAGAGCAUCUUGAAGGGUCAGGAGACGGGUAUUAUACAUCCGGACGCGCAGUUACUCCCAGAAUUGCGCUAUCUAUCCGAGGGAAAAUAUCGGAGCGAGCAGCAGCCCAAGUGACACCCAACACAAUUAUGACAGCGUUGCAGAGUCCGGCCUGGGCCCUAAACCGUUCGUGGCAACCCUUGAGCAAGGCGAAGCGAAAGGGGUGGCUUGCUGAUUCAAUCGUCAUAUUUCUUUCCCAAAUCGAGCGCCCGGCACCAGGGUCAGAUUACGCACAAGACAUCCUGGAGCGGAUCCCUCGCUUUGAAAAGGGUGACAUGUACUGUCGCAUUACGAUGUUCUGUAUUGAAGCCCUUGAUCGUUUGCCAAAGGAAAAUAUCCUCCAACUUUCCAACCCUUUAACCCCCAACUCCGACAUCCCAGAUCUUGCUUCUCAGAUCCGGUCAAAAAUCCCCUCCGACGCUCAAUACGCCGCAUUAUUUGGCCUCCUCCAUGUUGCGGAAAUUGAAAACCCUUCAACUGGGCUGUUGAGCAAAUUAGAAACAUUCUUUACAGAAUCAGCGAUCAAAUGGUUGGAAGUGUUGAGCCUACUGGGAGCGGCGAGCAAUGCCAGGAUCACGUUGGAGACACUGACCAUGUGGUGUGAGAGUCAGAGCCACCGCCAGUCAGGAGAUCAGAAUUCGGCAAGAUCUUUGCUCCAACCUCUAUUGCAAUGCCGUCGUUUUGUCUACCAGUACUAUGGAGUGAUUUCGCUCUCUGCUGGACAUAUCCAUUCGGCUUCAUCUAAUUCACCCGAUGCGGGUUGGCGAGGGUGGCACCAUGGAUCAUCCUAUGAACACCUCCCAGCAGUGCAAUGGCAAAACUCAGGAUGGGAUGGGUGCGUCAACACCAUACAAGGGCACACUGGCUGGGUCUCCUCGGUCUCAUUCUCACCUGAUGGGUCCAAGGUAGCCUCGGGAUCCAAUGACCAAACAGGACGAAUCUGGGAUGCAGUGACCGGGGAAGAACUCAAGGUCCUCCGGGGCCACACCGGGGGCCUCCUCUCAGUCUCAUUCUCACCUGAUGGAUCUAAGGUAGCCUCAACAUCCAUCGACAAGACAUUACGAAUCUGGGAUGCUGUGACUGGGGAAGAAGUCAAGACCCUCCGAGGACACUCUGACUGGGUUGUCUCAGUGUCUGAUGGAUCCAGGGUGGCCUCGGCAUCCGUCGACAAGACAGUACAAAUUUGGGAUGCAGCGACUGGGGAAGAACUCAAAGUCCUCCGAGGACACACUCACUGGGUCCACUCGGUGUCAUUCUCAUUUGAUGGAUCUAGGGUAGCCUCAGCAUCCUCUGACAAGACAAUACGAAUCUGGGAUGCAGUGACUGGGGAAGAGCUCAAAGUCCUCCAGGGACACACUGACUGGGUCCACUCGGUGUCAUUAUCAUCCAAUGGAUCCAGGGUAGCCUCGGCAUCGUAUGACAAGACAGUACGAAUCUGGGAUGCAGUGACUGGGAACGAACUCACAGUCCUCCGAAGACACACUGACUGGGUCCGCUCAGUCUCAUUGUCACCUGAUGGGUUCAAGGUAGCUUUGGGAUCCAAUGACAAAACAGGACGAAUUUGGAAUGCAGUGACCGGGGAAGAACUCAAGGUCCUCCGGGGUCACACCGGGGGCCUCCUAUCAGUCUCAUUCUCAUUUGAUGGAUCCAGGGUAGCCACAGCAUCUGAUGACCGGACCAUACGAAUCUGGGAUGUGGUGACAGGAGACAUCCCAGCUGACAUGACCUCGGAUUCCCCUUCCAACAUUCCCAAUCAGCGGAACUCAAGCAUGAUAAGCUGAACCGUAUUCGCCUUUUCCUCGGAACAUGCGGGACCCUGCAUUUUAUCGCCCCUACUCAUAUGAGCGACAGUAUAUCCACUUGGAAGAUUUCGCCUGAUGGGCAAGCCAUUACUGUCCAUAUGGAAAAUCGCCAUGUCCAGACUAUUCAGGCACCGAAAAGAUAUCGUUGUGUUUAAAUAUCCAACAUC